AUGAGUGUAUCGAAGAUGGAGCGGGCGGGUCGAAGGUCGAAGGCGGGCUCCCUAAGUGGUCUGUCUGGCGGAUUCCCGAACGGCGUACCGAAUUCGGGCAAUGUUCGUAGGCAGCGCUCGCUUGAAUGGAGCGGCGACCGCUACAGCAGCAGCGACGACGACCGCCCGCAAAAGCCUCAGCAGCUCGAUGAUCGUGUGUUCGCUUCCCUUCUCGCCCAAGCUACACAACAAUUUGACAAUGAACAACGGAGAAUUUACGGUUCGGAAGACGGUGAAGCGCCCCCACGCUUCAUCAGCAGUCCACAAAGACAGGCGUCACCAUUUCCAAUUGAGAGCACCAACCGCCGCUUUUACAGAAGAAACAGAAAUUCUAAAGAUGAAGAAAUAUUUAACGAGUCGGGAGGGACGUUGUCUCGCCGCACCCGGCGGCAAGAUGAAGGGAAUCGGGCUAGACAUGGAAACCUCAACGGUCCUACAAGUGCUGGUCAAAGCGAACGGGAUUGCGAUUCUCCACCGGAGCCAGCUCCCCCCGAAGUACCACCACGGGGUCCCUCGCUGCAUGUCACUUUACGACAUAGAGCUGCAGCAGACCAGCCCCCUGAUUCUGACAGACUAUUUCUAUCUGAAGAGGCAGUACAAGUCCGCCACGCCAAGUUUCUGCUCACUGACAAAUUAGCCACUUGA